CAAAACAUCUUCCAAAGAUUCUAUGUUUGUUUCAAUGCAAUGAAAAAAGGGUUUAAAGCAUGCAGAAGGGUUAUUGGGCUUGAUGGUUGUUUCUUCAAAGGAGCUUGUCAAGGUGAACUUCUUUGUGCUAUUGGUAGGGAUGCUAACAACCAAAUGUACCCAAUUGCUUGGGCAAUAGUGGAGCAAGAAACUACAAAAAAUUGGGAGUGGUUUAUUGGCCUUCUGAUCAAAGACUUGGACAUAAAUGAUCAAGGUGAAGGCUGGGUGUUCAUUUCAGAUCAACAGAAGGGCUUGAUCAGUAGCAUGCAGGAUUUUCUGCCAAAAGCACAACAUAGGAUGUGUGCUAGACACAUCUAUGCUAACUGGAGGAAGAAGUACAGGGAGCAUGCUUUACAGAAGAAGUUCUGGGCUAUUGCAAAGGCUGCAAAUAGAGAAGAUUUCAUGUACAGAAAAGCAAAGUUGGCUCAAGACACACCUGAAGGAGCAAGGGACAUAAUGAGAACAGAACCUAAGCACUGGGCCAGAGCAUUUUUCCCUGUGGGUUCACUAUGUGACUCAGUGGACAAUAACUUAUGUGAGUCCUUCAACAAUUCAAUCAUUGAGGCCGGAUUCUAUCCUUGCAUAUCCAUGCUGGAAAAGGUUAGACAAAAAAUGACAAAGAGAGUUCAAGAAAACAGAGAGAAAUCUGAUAAGUGGACUAAUAAUCCAAUUUGCCCAAACAUUUUAAAAAAGCUUAAGGUGAACAUCAAAUUAACUCAGUUCUGUGACGUACUCUGGAAUGGGAAAGAAGGGUUUGAGGUUAAACAUGUUAGUGGAAGAGGAAGGACCUACACUGUCAACUUAGAUAACAGGACAUGCUCCUGUGGGUACCUGCAGCUGGCAGGUCUACCUUGCUGCCAUGCUAUCAGUGCUAUUUAUAAGAGUGGCAGAAGAAUUGAAGACUUCAUUGACAAGUGCUAUUCAGUUGAGCAAUUCAAGAAAAUAUAUGAGCACUGCUUGGAGCCAGUUGAAGGUGAGGAAAGGUGGCCUAUUUCUCAGAAUCCCAGACCACAAGCUCCUAGUUAUGUGAGCAUGCCAUGUAGACCCAGGAAAAAUGGCAGGAGGAGGGAAGAGGGAGAAGCACCAAAAGGAAAGAAGAUGUCAAGACAUGGGAUUAAAAUUACUUGUAGUAUGUGUGGGAAUAAAGGCCACAAUAAGUCAGGUUGCCACAAAAAUCCAGAAAAAGGCAAGAAAAAAAAAUGCCUUUCUGAGAAAAACAGGGAGGAAAAUGAAGGCCUCUGAGCAAGCACAAACAGAUGCUAACAUCACAGCAAGCCAGCAGAAUGGAAACAAAGGAAAAGAACAUGCCCAAGCAGGACCAAGUACAGAGAAGAGGAAGGCUUCUAAAAUGCAUAAUGGGCAAGGCAAGAAAAAGGCAAAGAAGUGAACCUGCUUGACAAGUGUACGGGUUCUUUUAGUUCCGAUCAAAACUAGUGAUUCUACCCUUUUGGUGUUAGUACUGGUCAUGUAAUUUUGGUCCUGGUCAAAACUGGUUAUUAUGGCCUCUUUGUUUAAGUACUGGUAUUAUGUAGUGGUCAUGUACUGAAAGUUUAGUCGAGUUUGAAGUACUAAUUUACAGAGCAUUGAGUGUGUGUUUCAAGGAUCUUUUGUUGCUGCGUGUGUACUGUAUGAGCACCCAGGUCAUUAAAAUUGGUCAUGGGAACCUUACAAACUGACAACGUGCUACUAAAUUAACAAGAAGUUAUUAGUGACCAAUGUUGAGCGAUUAACUGAUCAAAAUGAGAUGGAGCAAUAGCUGAUUAACAGUACUUCCAUACUAGAAGUGGUGAGAAGUAAAAAAGAUCUUGGAAUAGGAAAUGAGACUGGAAAUUAGGUGAGGAAUAAGAAAACAACUUACAGGCUAUCGGCGCAUCUCAUGCUUUGUAUUAUCCCAUUUCACUCCCGAAGCUAGCUGCAGAACCAGAGAAAAAUAGAGAAAAGUAGAAGGAUGAGCAAUGCAGUCUAUAUCAUGACACAUGUAGUACAGACUAGACAGUGUUCUGAAAGUAUGUGCUGCCAAAUACCAAUUUCCUACUACUUACGAGCUGUCAAAUUUGAAACACAAACUGAAGUUCCGGUCAUAUUUUUCAUAAAUUGAGCACAAAGGCCAUACAUCACAGAAAAUUUAGUACAAAAUGUGAAGUUCGACUCAUAAUUUUCAUAGUUUGAGUACAGAGCCCACUCAUAACAGAUCAGUUCAUCCAACCUUUACAUCAUCUAGCCACAACAUUGAUCCUCUACCUAGCACAAAUCCUACAAAAAGACCAAGUUUAGCAUCGCAUCGCAUCUCUCUCUCUCCGUCCUUUCACAUCUAGCCCUCGCUUCAUUAAUUUCUUCAUUCUUCUCCUCAACUUGCUGUCUCUGUCCCUGUUCUAGCCAGGCUUGUCCACCAUCAGCAUUCAUCCUCCUCAUUGCAUCCUAAGAUCAAUCAGUACUUGAUGAAGAAAUGGGGAGCACGGAUCAUCAUGCCUGUCCACUGUCAACAAAUCAUACAAUCAUAAUCUGGAAAGAAUAAGAGAUAUGAAAUAGGAAUGAGGAAAAACGGUGGAACAGAGCAACACACAGUAGCUUACAAUUCCUAGCACGCAAACAGUAGUAUCAAAAUCUGGAAAGAAGAAGAUAUCCAACGGGGAGGCUUCUUUCGUGGAAGGCGGUAGCAUUCCCUCACCGGCUGGUACGCCGCUACUGCCUUGCGACUGCGACGGCAUCCUCCGCAUGAGUACGUCGAACAGGAGGAGGAGGCCAUUGUCGAUUGCUCUGCCGCCGCUCGCCUACCCUCCUCCAAUAGCCGGCUCAGCCGCCGCCGUUCGCCUACCCUCCUCCAAUAGCCGGCUCCGCCGCCGUCGUCGCCGCCGCCGCCGCGAACCCUAGUCUCUCUCUCCCCACCGGCAGUUCUUCUCUAUUUGCAUCUGAUUAAACCAUAAUCCAUGCCACAUCAGCAAACCCGGUGCACAAACGAGCUUCUCAAAGAAAUCAGCCAGGAUAAGCUGGGAUUAGAAAGGACAGGGUGACGAAUUCAUGGAUUCACAGGUGAGGGUCGUUUUCAGACUUUGAGGACGAAUUCAAGGUUUUUUUUAGACUUCUCCCUUUACAUAUAUAUGGCUUCCCAAUCACAUAUUGCUUAUUCGAACAAAAGUUCAAUUUUGAUAGGAGUGCACUUUGGCACAUUCGAACGCAUAACUCUUGUGGGUAAUAGCACAUACUCGUCACAAGGCAACAAUAGUAGUUAUUUUCUCUAUGGACGCACAACCCAUGCGGAAAAUUGAUCUUAUCAUUAUGCAUGCCUUCGGUGAUUUGACCUAUAGAAAAAUUUAAAGACAAACGAUUGACAUUAGUAUGACUCACGUUGAUUAACUAGGAAGCACCAGAUGGCACAAGAAUAGAAAAAAACAUGUCAUGAACUAACAAAAUAUCUACUUCCAGCAUAAAUAGAAAAUUAAAUCAUUACACGAGUAUAAUUAGCAUGUGCAUGGACAUAUUUUAAAGACAGAUUACCGAAAUUAGAGUUGUGUAUCGAGCGGCGCUUACAUUGUG